CUCAUCUCCUAUGACCAGACAUCGAAGAAAUCCUGUAAGUAUGUCAAGUAUUGUCGAGAAGAUUGAGGGCGUCGUCCGCAGCAGCAAGACUAGGUCACCUGGUGAUGAGCACUCAUUCGACGUUCGGUAUGUGGAUAUCAACAUCCAGUUCAUCGGGGCCUCUGGCCUACCGAAAAUGGAUGUAGUUGGUAGCGCCGACCCGUAUUUUGUGGCAAAAAUUGAUGACCGUAUCACAUUUGUUUCUACUGUAAUCACGAAUACUUUGGCGCCAGUAUGGAACGAGGUUUGGCGGGUAAAGAAUGUCCCUGUUACCGCCGAUCUUCUAGUCGAAGUUUUCGACAAGGACGAUGGUGCACCUCACGACGACUACAUUGGAAAGUUCAAAACUACCAUAACUGCUGGGGCAAAGGAGGCUGAAAUUGAAGGGCCUCUUCUCAGACGCAAUAGGGGUACAUUCUGGCUCAAGAUUGACUCCGAGCCGUCGGAGAGCGACCAGGAGUACCUAUAUCUCUUUGAUGGCCCUAUACGCUACUCUCGUCACUUUUCUCCUACUGUCGGUAUUCUGACAAACCUGGACAAUAACGCGCGCCGCUAUUCCACUUGGAAGGUUUUCAUUGUCGGGAUUCCAUUGUUCUUCAAGGAUACCCAUCAGCAUUGGAAUGUCAAUUACAAAGCUGCACAGAGUAUAUUCCAGGGACCAGCAUCCAUUGCGGUGCGGUCGACCAUCCAAGCAAGUCAUCGUAUGCUCUACGCUCGCAAGACGACCAACGGCUUCGGCCUCCUGGAGAACCCUGGAGAUUUUAUAAAACUCCUACACGGGGUCGCCGAUAGUCGUCAUAUUGGUCCUACCUCUCGUAACGACUUUGCCCAUCGGGUAAAACCUGCUGUAUACACCUACAUCAUUUCCGCCGACGAUGAUUCGUUCCGUUUCUCGGAGACUGGAGCCGCGUUUUUCGUCGACUUUGCAUCGAAACAUGCGCUGCAUAGUAAUUGUGCCGAGAUGGUACGGUACAGCGGCGAGUUCCAUCCAAGGCCUGCCGGGGGAUGGGACAAUUUCAACGAUGAUAUCCUCGACGAUCAAGUCCAGUGGGAGUUAGUCAUUGACAACAACUCUGGAACGUACUCUCCUGAUCCCAAGAUGCUUCCUGUCUUGAAAGAAUUGCUGGAAUAUAACUUUCCAGAUGUAGCGGUGUUUGCUUUAUCUCAUGAAGAUCCAGAGCUUGCUAAGAGCCGGGAAGCUUGUAGGGCAUACGCCUUGAAAUAUCGAGGAAUCCGGAAGGAAGAGCUUCAGCCCCACUUGGCAGAAGGCGAGGUUACUCUGUCACACCAAGCUGCAGUUCAGUGUGGUGGCGUAGAUGGAGGUGUCCAAUAG